GCCCCAAGGCCAAGCACAGCUCCAGCGAGGACGAGGCCGAUGGGGACACCAAGGCCACCAAGGGGACAAAAGCCACCAAGGCCACCAGGGGCACCAAGGGCCAGCACAGGAAGGGCCCCGACGGCGAGAGGGCAGCCAUGGCAGCCUCUGGCUACCUGAACCUGGCGGCCGACGCCGCGCACAACUUCACGGACGGGCUGGCGCUGGGCGCGGCGUUCUGGGGCGGCGCCGCCCGCGGGACGCUGACGGCGCUGUCGGUGCUGCUGCACGAGCUGCCCCACGAGCUGGGCGACAUGGCCAUGCUGCUCAGAGCCGGCUGCUCCAAGGGACAGGCCAUGCUCCUGCAGCUCCUGACCGCCUUGGCCGCCCUGGCGGGCGCCGCCUGCUCAUUGUUGGCUGAGGGCUCCGGCACCGGCGCCAUUUCAGGGAUCCUCCCCUUCACGGCCGGCGGCUUCAUCUACCUGGGGACGGUGUCGGUGCUGCCCGAAAUCCUGAGGGACUCCGGGCCCGGCCAGGCCCUGCUGCAGCUCCUGGCGCUGCUGGCCGGCGUGGCCAUGAUGCUGCUCAUCGCCUACUACGAGUAGGAAUUCCCAAAUUUCCCAAAAAAUCCCAAAUUCCGUUUGGCUCCCCUCCCUGCCCCGUGCAAAAUGGGAGGUGCCCGUUGCUAAAUUUUUACCCCAUUUUGGGACCAAAUCGAGAGAAAAAUGAGAGAUUUGGGGUUGAAAGCGUGAAAAAAUGGAAGAUUUGGGGUUUAGAAGGGGAAUUUUGGGGGAUUUUUGG